AUGCCACUGCCAGUGCUGUCUACCAGAAACAUUACAGACUGUCGUAUCCUGGAGAAUCUUCAGCGCUACGCCUCCCCUACUUACCUGCCUGUCAACUACCAGCUCCUCAACACAGAGUCCUCCUUUUUUCUUAAGGAAGCCACCCAGGACUUCAUGCGCAACUCUAGUUUCCUCUCCAGAACAGAACUGUUCUUCAUCCACCAGGCCAGGAGACCUCCCACCAUCAACGCCACAUAUGGGACCCUUGCAGUGGAAGAGCCUAUUCCUUUGGACCUCCUUCAGAUGCCUGGCUCCUUUGUGGCUUCUUCAGCCCUCUUCACCUUCAACUGGAAAGUACAAACCUUUGUUCUCAACGAAAGGAUUUACCUGAACAAACCCAAGGUUCAGGUCUUGUUCUACAUCGCUGGGAGGGACUGGGACGACUAUAGCGCGGUGGACAAACUCCCCUGUGUACGGAUGUUCGCCUUCCACGAAACCCAGGAGGUCCGUGGGAGCUGCAGGUUGCGAGGGGACAUGGGCGUCUGCGUUGCAGAGCUCGAGCCUCUUCCUGGGUGGUUUGCAUCUCCUAGCAUUGUCCCCGGACGCCAGAGGGGUCCGGAUAUGUCUGAAGGAACGCCUGUAGAGCUGUACUACAGCCUUCGGGCCGCAGAAGUGGGAGCUUGUCUUUCCGAGGAGUUAGGGUUCAAGAGCGCCGCUCACUCGGAUCAAGAGGGAUUGUUUGGGUCAGCGACCUCUACACCCAUGAGGCACAUCGGGAGUGUAAGAUUAUUCCAGAAUCCAUCUGCUCCGGAAUUAUCAGAGCAACGUUUGGAUGGGAAUUUUGCAGUGUUGGUACCAUCCGCGCCAGUUCGGCAAAGGGAUACCGUGUCAGCAUAUGUUGCAGCUUCACCGUACUCACCUGUGGAGAUGUUCACUCUCAGGGUGAAGUUAAAAGAUGGAGUGGCGUUCCUUGGCGCUCGACCCAGUAACCCAACACUCUGGAUGGUUAGUCAAGAUGUAAGAACAGAAGGUCACAGGAUUGUGACCCUGCAUUGUCGCCGUAAGGAGUCUAGCUAUGGACAGAGCGUGGAGCCGGGCUGGCAGAGGGUGGUUCAGGUGGAUCUGGAGGUGGACGGUGUCGGAAGUACGGUAGGCAGCAGGUCCAUUUCCUGGGCAGUGGAAUACCCGGGCAUCAGGGCCGGCAACGAGGAAACUGAGACGCACAUCCACCUGGCACAGAAAGACCUAGUUGGCAUCGUGCCGCUGGCUAUGGAAACAGAGAUCCUGAACACCGCAGUGCUGAACGGGAAGACGGUGGCGGUGCCGGUGAAGGUGGUGACGGUGGGCACAGACGGGACGGUUACAGACGUGUCAGACGCUGUGCAGUGCCAGUCCACUGAUGAAGACGUGGUUAAGGUAUCGGACAGGUGUGAUUACAUCUACGUGAAUGGCAAAGAGAUGAGAGGACGGGUCCGAAUGCUGCUGAACUUCACGUACGGUUACCUGAGGGCCCAGCUGGAGGUGAAGGUCUGGAUUCCCAAACUGCCUCUGCACAUCGAAGUUUCAGAUACGGAACUCAGUCAGAUCAAAGGCUGGAGGAUUCCCGUAAACAGUAACGCCCAGAGGUCAACGCGGGACAGUGAAGAUGACGAUGAUGAAGAGCGGAGAGGAAAGACAUGUACUCUACAGUACCAGAGGGCCAUGGUGCGUGUGCUCACACACUUUGUGGCUGAAUCCUCAGAGACGCAAGGUCAGGUGGCCCACAUGCUGGGCAGUGAUUGGCAGGUGGACAUUACGGAGUUAGUCUGGGACUUCCUGAAAGUAGAGGAUCCACGAAUCGCCAAGCUAAGAGAGGGACGGGUUUUGGAGGGCAUGGACACAGGCAUGACCAGCAUUCAGGUUCUGUCCCCGCUGUCAGACUCCAUCCUGGCAGAGAAGACAGUGAGGGUUGUGGAUGAUCGAGUGACCAUCACUGAACUGGGCCUGCAGUUGGUCAGUGGGCUCACACUCAGCCUGCAGCUCAGCACAGGAAGUAACCGAGCCAUCAGCGCCACGGCAACCACACAAGAAGUGCUCAGCAAUCCUAAACAGGAGGCGCUGAUCAGUGCAUGGCUGCAGUUCAGUGAUGGCUCCAUGGCUCCUCUGGACCUAUACAACCCAGAGCACUUUGUUUUGACUGCUACUUCUCUGGAUGAGGAUAUGGUGUCCGUACGGCAAGAUGCAGCAGGCCGGUGGCCGGUCAUUUUUGCCCAUGCCGAGGGUCAAGGUCUGCUGGUGCACGUGGAAAUGACGGUAUCUGAAGUGUGUCAGAAAUUUAAGCGUCGAAGCGUCCUGGCGGCUGGAAACUGUAACAUCCGUGUGAAGUUUGGUCGUAGCGAAAGCGCCUUGAGACCCGGCGACUACGGCCAGGAUGGAGACGACAUGAACAACAGACCAGGAGACCGCAGACAGAACCCAUCUCUCCCGGAUAGGACCGGAAUGGACAACCACUACUAUGGAAGCUCCAUCUCAGACAUGGAGGACAGUAUCAUGAGAAGAAUCACCACCACAACCAAAACGGCAAUCAUCAGGAGACCAGGUGGAGACAAGCUCUCAGAUGAUGGGAGCCAGUUGCCCGGCAAUCCCAUUGACUUCUCAGACUUCCCCGCGCAAGUGGACCUUCCCCGAGGACAUAACGUGGAUGAGGACGACCUUCAAAUACCUCAUGGACUUACCGACCUUGAAAUUGGGAUGUACGCUUUGUUAGGCGUCUUCUGUUUGGCUAUUCUGGUUUUCCUCAUCAAUUGCAUCUCAUAUACUCUCAAGUACCGACACAAGGAGAUGUCGAUUGAGGGCCAGGAGAGCUUGAACCAUGCCCACGACUGGGUGUGGCUGGGAAAUGACGCCGAAUUUCUGGAGAGCCAUGUAAGUUUGUCUCCGCAGACCGAUGAGCACAUCACCAUUAUGGACUCCAGUUUAGGAGGGUUAGAAGAAGGAAGCCACCUUCUCAACGGCGGUUCUUUGCAGAAGAACGUUCAAGGCCAGGUGCACCGAGGAGCCGAAACCGCUACAGUCUGCACCGGGAAAGACAGCAAAGGUGAUUCACCAACGACCAAAAGGAAACGUGUGAAGUUUACUACAUUCACCACCAUCCCUGUGGAAAGUGUUAGUCCAGCUAAGGAAAAUCUGGGAGUCGAUCCUGACAAUGACAUUAAGUGGGUAUGUCAGGAUGUUGAGCUUGGCGACUCCAAGGAACUACGAAACUACAUGGAGCGGCUAAACGACAGUGCUUUAAAGGAAGUUGCGUAGUUGAAUCAUUGUGUGCGAACUGAACUCACCCUUUUGCCUUUGUAAUAGAGACGAGUACGAGCCAGGGAACAACUGCUACAUAAACCUUACUGAACACAAUACAUCAGCCAUUACAUAAAGGAUGUCUAGCGUUCUUUUGGUUUGACAUGCCAAUGGUAGGACAAAGCAG